CACGCAUUGUACAUACUCAAAGGAUACGCAACAGAAGACUGCAAUUUGAAGCACUCCAGUACCUAGUACAGCUCCUUCCUCCAGCAAAUAGGGACACUCUCUACGCCCUUCUGUGUUUCUUAGCUAACGUAGCUAAGAAUUCGGACGACACGAAAGACGAAGAAGGUAACCCAGUAACCGGCAACAAAAUGGACUCCAACAACCUGGCAACGGUGUUCGCGCCGAACAUUCUCCAUUGCAUCAAACCGGGCGCCAAAGAGGGAUCUUCAGACCGCCCUGAAGACAGAAUCGACAUCAUUAACAUCGUCAGGACGUUGAUCGACCAUUACAAAGCCAUCUUCAACGUUUCUGCUGAGUUGCUGGACGAGGUGUACGUACAUAUGAUGGAUUCGCAUCCGGAGGUUCUCGAUCAGCUGUUGACCAGAAGGACGCGGCGGCAGCCGCUGACGAAUCUUUGGAUGAGCUAGAGAGUGAAACAAGCUCAGCACCUUGGAGUCCAGUAUCGCUGACAUUUGACACCCAAUUAGGGAAUGCAACUUGGAAGACAACAAGCUGACUGAGCAGAAGAAAACUUAUUCCAGGGAAGAGUUCCUUCACGAAGCUACUGCGACUGGUCCUAGGAUGAGGAUGAGGCAUAGAGACAGGAUAAAGGAACGAAGCGCCAGGAGGAAGGAAAAACAAGAAGACAGCCCCCUGACAUCUUCUGCCAUGACAAUCAUAUCCUUGUUCCGAGGCCAGAAAGAUGAUCACCAUAGCAAAAACAGGUCUUCGUCUCUGGAAAGCAGUUGCUCCGCACAUACGGACUCUGACAUCACCCAAAUCCGACCCUGUGAUGUGAAAGAGAGACGGGGAUCUUACACAGCAGACAACAUUGUCAAAGCCAGUCUCACCAUACCAGUCAUCCACAGGUUGCUUCUUACACAGUCGACAACGAAGACAUUCCUUACAUCGAGGACGAUACUGUGA